UUUGGUGACAUCCUGUAAAAGUAACAAGAAAAGAAAUGAGGGCAAGGUCAAAGGAAUAAUGCUAACUCAUAAAUGGUAAUUACAGGAUAUCAGCUCGAAACACAAAAUCCCAAAAGAGCAGGCAGCAUUUUUAGAACUGAGAGCCACUUUUAAGAUUUAAAAUCAGCCAGAAGUCAAACCAUCACACUUCUUUCAGUGAGAGCCAGCAGCAGGCUGACAUGACUUAGUGGCAGAAAUACAGCGCCGGUGUUGAACACCUCCCCAUUAGAGCAACAGCAAAUAACAAGGCAAGAAUUUCAUCACCAAAAACAGCCCCUGCGAUUCCAGGCUAUUUUGUUGCCACUCUUUCUAAGGAAUACAAAUACUGGAUGUAUGACUGGGCUGUAUGAUAUUUAUGUAGAAGAGUAAGGUGUGAUGGCUUACCUAAGCGUGCUGGUGUGUUAUGUUUUAAGUGGAAGGAAACCAGAAAGGCGAUUGUGUGCGCGUGUUUUUCGCUGGCACUCCCAUUACAGUGGCCCUUCUGAAGUCCGAGUCGAAGCUGCCUCUGUCAGUCCAGAACUCAGGAGUGCUGUGCCGACAGCCACACGUGUGUCGGCCUCUGACUUCCAGAAUAAUUGAAGCCAACGCGCUAGAACAGUGGGGGAGAGGUUGGAUUCUGAAGCAGCAACAUUAUCCUUCCUUGUGUGUCCCCUUCUAUAAUCUGAACUCUCCUUAACAAUACCCUGCUUCACUGCACUCCCGUUCUUCAUUCCACUGCAAUCAGUGAAUCUCACGGCUGUAGAACUGAAAGCUCCCUGGUUUCGGCGCUGUCAGAAUGAGGAACUUAUGGAGUGGUGCUGACCUCCGGGCAGGUCUGAGAGAUUGAUCAGAGGAGGUGCAUGUGACUGGUUAAGACGUGCAGAGCUGGGCUGUGAGGCCAGCUGUUGCUCAGUUCACGCUGGAGCUAUGAGCAGCUGCACUGGCUCUCUGUCUGCGUCGUGUGUUUCUGCUGCGAGAGAUUCCAUCCCUCCUUCUCCACUGCAGUUUGCUCUUGAAAGGCGCUGGCCAAGACCUUGCUUUGUGCUAUUAAUCUCCCCUCCAUGAGGAGAUGCACGCUUCCACUCGGAAAAAAUGAACCAGUCUCUGAAGGCCACUCAUUGACCAUGGGAUCGUCAGUUCUGGGAAAAGCAGCUACAUUAGACCAGCUGUUAAAUGCCUGCAUUGAGGCAUUUGAUGACAACGGGGAUUUAGGGAGCAGUCAUUUGCCUCGGAUUGUGCUGUUAAUGCACCGCUGGUAUGUCACAUCGACCGAGCUGGCUGGAAAGCUGCUUUUAAUGUACCGGGACUGUGAAGGUGAAGACUGCCAGAGAACAAGACUGAAAAUCUGCUAUUUCAUGAGGUACUGGAUCGUGGAGUUCCCUGCGGAGUUUAACCUUGAUCUGGGCCUGAUCCGCCUCACAGAGGAGUUCCGGGAUGUGGCUGCACAGCUGGGCUGUGAGGAGCACUUCAAACUGAUCGACAUCUCCACCAUCCCGUCAUAUGACUGGAUGAGGCGGGUGACCCAGAGGAAAAAGCAGCCGAAAAAAGGCAAAGCCUCGCUGCUCUUCGACCACUUGGAGCCCAUGGAGCUGGCGGAGCACCUCACCUUCCUGGAAUACAAGUCUUUCCGACGGAUUUCGUUCACAGAUUAUCAGAGCUACGUGACCCACGGCUGUCUGAUGGAUAACCCCACCCUGGAGAGAUCCAUCGCUCUCUUUAAUGGCGUCUCCCAGUGGGUCCAACUGAUGGUGCUCAGCAAACUGACGCCCCAGCACCGCGCCGAGGUCAUCACCAAAUUCAUCAAUGUAGCACAGAAGCUCCUGUACCUCCAGAACUUCAACACUCUGAUGGCUGUCGUGGGCGGAUUGAGUCACAGCUCCAUUUCCCGGCUGAAGGAGACUCAUUCACAUCUCUCGCCUGAGGUGACAAAGAUUUGGAACGAGAUGACAGAGCUGGUCUCCUCCAACGGCAAUUACUGUAACUAUCGGAAGGCGUUCGCAGAAUGCGAAGACUUUAAGAUUCCCAUCUUGGGGGUUCACCUGAAGGAUCUGAUAGCAGUGCAUGUCGUCUUCCCAGACUGGAUAGAGGAGAACAAAGUGAAUAUUGUCAAAAUGCAGCAGCUGUACGUCACUUUCGUCGAGCUGGUAUCGUUACAGAACGCCACUGCACAAGUCGAACCCAAUAUGGAUUUAAUCUACCUGCUCACACUUUCUCUAGAUCUCUAUUACACUGAAGAUGAGAUUUACGAACUCUCUCUGCUCCGGGAGCCCCGCAACCCCAAAUCUGUGCCUACCUCUCCCACCACUCCAAACAAGCCCAUGGUGCCCCUGGACUGGGCGUCCGGAGUGACCCCGAAACCUGACCCCACUGUCAUCAACAAGCACAUCCGGAAAGUUGUGGAUUCGGUGUUUAGGAAUUAUGACCAUGACCAUGAUGGGUACAUCUCUCAGGAGGAUUUUGAAAGCAUAGCUGCCAACUUCCCCUUCCUAGACUCCUUCUGCGUGUUGGACAAGGACCAGGACGGGCUGAUCAGUAAGGACGAAAUGAUGGCCUAUUUCCUGAGAGCGAACUCCCUACUGCAGUGCAAGAUGGGCCCCGGCUUUUCCCACAACUUCCAGGAGAUGACGUACCUCAAGCCCACCUUCUGUGAGCACUGCGCUGGAUUUCUCUGGGGGAUCAUCAAACAAGGCUACAAGUGCAAAGACUGUGGUGUGAACUGCCACAAGCAGUGUAAGGACCUGCUGGUGCUGGCCUGCAGGAAGCUGCCCCGGGCGCCGUCGCUGGGAUGUGUGUCUCCUGGGCCCUGCAGCUCCCUGCCCAGUAGUCCUGCGUUGCCCUCUUGCACUGCUCAGGACGAGGUGUUCGAGUUUCCCCGCGUCGCGCCCGCCUGCCCGGACCUGGACGGCCGGUCCAUCACCCUGGUGACCGGCUCGGCCCGCAAGAUCUCCGUGCGGCUGCAGCGGGCCACCGCCAGCCAGGCCACGCAGACGGAGCCGCUGUGGCACGAGCACGGCUGGGGCGCGGGCGACGGCGGCUCGCACACCUUCCCCAAGAUGAGAUACAGGCUCCACGGCAGGGGAUCCAAGGGCAAGGGCUUCGCGCGCUGGGAGAACGACAAGCCGGGGCCGGCCGGCGCCGAGGAGCGGAACGGGCUGGGCACGGGCGAGGACGGGCCGGACGCCGACGAGCUGACUUCCUGCCAGGUCGGACGCGCCCGUGAGCCUGCAGAGGCCCCCCCGCCCCCGGCCCCGGAGGAUCAUGGGAGACGUGCUGGGCUGCCUGAAGCCCUGGCUCGCUGAACUGGAAUAGCCCCGGCUCGACCAGAAGCGGGCCCCCGCGCUCCAGCAGGAUCGGCGUAUGUGGAACCUCACGAAGUGUGGCGGGGCAGUUGGCGUGGCCUAGGGGCAGUGCCAAAUUCUGACGAAGGGGAAUGGGGCACUUCCUCAGGUGGGCUGAGGCCCCACGCUACAGACGGCUGUCGGUCUGUCUCCCCUCAGCCCACCCCAUGGUCUUGUUUAUGUAGAUGUACUCAGCAAAUCCCGUUCCACACAGCCUUCCCUCCUCCUGACUCUUCUUCCCUGUCCUUUCCAACCUGCCCGGACAGAAACUGGUACCCCAGUUGCUCAGACUGAGUUUCGGUAUCUUCUCCAGUGGGUGGCUACGGGCUGUACUGCGUUUUUAUUGACUGAACAAGAAGCCAGUGAAUGAAAUCUUCUGCAUCCUGGCCAGAAUACAGUACACGAGGUUCACCUGUUACUGGUACCAGUGGAAAGUGAACCUUAUUUCUUUAUGAUGAGGCUAAAGAGACAAGAGAUGAAAAACAAAUGAGAGAAAAUGUAGAGAAUGCAGGUAAGAUGGCAAUAGUAUACAGAGAGGAGGACAAAUGUAUGUGAGACACAGAAAGAAAGUGGAUUCAUGUCUAUACAGAAAGGACAGAAUAGUAUAUACUCCACAUCUGUAGCGCAGCACUAACAGUGAGUAUGGCUUCAGUGUCUGUUUAUCAAGUCAGGCUUGACCGAGGUAGGAAUAGUUCAAAAAAUGGAAAAAGAGUUUCAGUUUGGACUACUUUUGAAGAUUAUGGCUAAUUACGCAUGUUUGCCUCUAGGAAAGAUCUAUUUUUUUUCAGACUGUUGAAAGGGAGGUUUUCUAAAAACUUGUUCUUUUUUUUUCAAAUUUGAAAAGAUUUUAUCUCCUAAAAGCGGGAACAUUCUGGUAGAGGGCAGACUCAGCACAGAUCUCAGACGGGAUGCAGACCCUAGAAACACCUGAUUGGGGUUGUUUAUAGGCUGUGUUUUUAAUUGAAACAUAGACAGAUAGGGGAAUAACUGUUACCUGAGAGUGGAAAGCUAAAUGUGGCCCCCUGGCUGUUGAAAGACUCUGUGAAGUCAGCCGGGCCUUGUCAGCUGGCUGUGGAAGAGAACAUUCUAGAAGCACAGCCAGGUGCUGGAGGGGUGUGCGAGACCUGUAACGAGGCAUCCACAGCUCCUGGUGAAGGACGUCUCUCAUGCAGAGCUGAGCAGCACAGGCUGAUUGUUACCUGAAUCUGGGAACAUGAAAGCCUAUCCUCUCCCCACCAAGAUGGCUCAUAAAUACGUGUAGACCCAUCUUGGUGUGUUAGUCAGAUAGCCCACACUGUGAAGCAGUUUGUGUGAGCAACUGCUUUUAGACACAAGAAACUCUGUUAAAACUGAAGUAAUGGGGCACUGGCAGGUUAUGUCUGCAGAGAGACCGGGUAAGGUUGAAAACUGCCAGUGGACAGUGGAUACCACCCAGUUGAAUACAGAAGGCCAAUGCCUUCUGAAAGGCUGAUGCUUUUUGAAACAUCUCAACAUUUUAAAUAGACCAUUUAAAAGAGGAAUCUUCAUUUAUUAAUGGGUACUUAUGACAGCAAACCAUUUUACUUUUCUUCAUCAUUAGCUGGAAUUACAAUACAUGUUUGAGAAAUAUUCUUGAUAUCAGGAAACACCCACACCAACAAAGGGAUUACAUGAUAAAGGCUCCUGUAUUCUCCACUGACAAUCUUGAUGUAGAUCUACAGUCGCAUAUGUUCUAUAAAGUUUGGGGCUCAUCCCAAGUUGUAUUGUUAAUAUUAUUAAAAUAGCUGGUCUACUUGAAAAAUAAGUUUUUUUAUUUUUUUACAGCUCCUGAAAUUUAUGUCAUUUAUGUUGUUCAAAUGUUUAUGAAGAUUAUUCAGUUAGUAUUGUUUUGAAUACAAAAUGAAGAGUUAAAUUGUAAUUUAUGAGCUAAGAUCAGUUUAUUGUACUUCGCUAAUGCCUCAGUAUUUCUGAUAAAAUUCCAGAUCUCAGCUCCUUUGUCAAUCUAAAGAACACCAGUGAAAUUCUUUAUCGUUAAAUGUUGUUUGUAAUGUAACAGUUUAUUAUGAAUCUACACUCUCUGGCCUGAAUGCUAGGAACCCCCAGAGAGGAACAUGAGGUCCUGUUUCAUUUUUGACCUUCUGAAGUCAAAAAACGACAUAUGAGUAGCCUGUAGUCAUGCAGUGUUUGUCACAACAUUUUGUAACAGGUGGAGUCUGAGAAGAACUGCAGCUAUUUGGUUUGAGCUGUAGUUUCCCAUCCUCUUGGUCAUGCAAGACAGCAUUUUAAUACUCAACAUUGAGACGAGGAAAUUAACAGGACCUCCUUCUGCAUGCAAAUUCCUCCAGUGUGUUAAAACUUCAAGAAAUGAUCCAGAAUUGUUUGCAUUUUGUUUGGAUUUGCAGAAGGUUGCAACCCAGUUCCAUUUUGAUCUGCAAUAGGAUCACCUUCAGUUGAGAAUGUGAGGUGGAUGGUGAUGUUUGGGAUUGAAUUGAUUUCAGUUGCACCAGUUUUCAACUGGAGUAAUCCUUGUAGUGACCAGGGCAGUGGGCGUUUGUCAGCAUUUGUCUGGUGUAAAAGUGCCAACUGACAAUCUUUUCAACAAAUACGCCUUUACUGUGGGGGAAGAGACACAUUGAUAUGUUACCUUUAGAGAACAGAGAAGCCUCUUGGCUCUUUCUCUCUAAAGCAGCUCAAACACCAGGCCAGAGUUUGGUCUGGCUGUGCCGCUGAGUGACUGUAACUUGACCUGUGUCGACUUCAUUUUCCGACAUGCUGUGACCAAGCCAUGUGAGCAAAAAGAGCAGAUGUUUCUCCUCAUUGCUGCUAUGUUCCCCUGGCGUAAACAGAAAAGUAAAUCCUGAGCAAAACCACUUUCUACUGUUCUCGCAAAUCAAAAUCUAUGUACAAAUUUGCACAAUGUUGGUAAUACACACCUUGACCCAACACAGCAAAGUGGGCUUGCACAGGUAUCCUACUGUAGAAUUUACUAAAUACAAUGCAUCUCUUUUCUGCUGCUGGUGUGCACAUUCUGUUUUCUGUGCCAUCAUGCUGUGGUCACUCAGCUCCUUACUUUCCAGAGUAUUGCAACUAGAAAAAGCAGUCAGAAGGAUUGUGAAUUACUUGCUUUUUUCCUGGCAAUUGAUCAAUACUUGAGUAACUGUCUAAUGAUAAUUAGUAAACUGCACGUUAAUAUAAUUAGUAGUAGUGGUAUUACUACAGUACUUUAUCCAAGAAAACCUACAUUCUAAACAAUUAUUUUGUGAAAAAUAAAUUGGUUAAUUGAUACUUCAGCUAAUAUAGCAAUUCUGCUAUGAGUAAUAGGUUCUAGGUGUUUUCAUCAAUAUACGACACAGAAACAGGACAAAACAAGGUACAGACACUUGGAAUCCGUUAAUUUAGCAUAAGACCAUAAGAAUUACACAGUCAAGCACAUGAGCCAUACAGAAAGAAACAUCAGGAGCCCUGCAAAUCAUUUCAGAUGUUGAUUUGAUAGAUUUUGUUUCAGAGGAGUCCCACACAAUAAAUUGCAUAAAAUUAACAAUAAUGUUAGUUUAAAAAAUGAUUUAGUAAAGUUGGGUAGCAUGGUGGCACAGUGGCACAGUGGUUAGCAUUAGUGCUGGGCCCCUAGGCUCCAUUCCUGACUGGGGGGGCUACCUGUGUGAAGUUUGUACAGGUAUGUUCAUGCAGGUUUCCUCUGGGUUUCUGGGAAAACUGGCCUUGGUGUGAGCAUGUGAUAUCCGUGUUUGUGCUUGUCUGCCCUGUGAUGGACUGGUGUCCUGUCAAGCGUGUAUCCUUCCUUGUGUCUGCUGUUUGCUGGGAUAAGCUCUGGCUCUCCUGUGACCCUAAAUUACAAGAAAUUAUAAAAAAAAUAAAUGGAUUGAUUUAGUAAGGCACUAAAUUUAAAGCCACAUUUGUUAAAGCUUUUUGCUCUGCUUGCCAGCCAUCCGAAAGGUCAAAGUGCAAUGAUGUCAUCUCAAAUCCUUACAUAGUAUCAGACUCGUGAGUAUCAGCCUCAUGAAGUCUUAGCCCUUGUCUCAUGAUAUUACGCAGUGCCUGACUAAAAAGUUAAAUACAGUCAAAAAACAGAGUAUCUCAACACUUUAGGACAUGUCCCCAGAUAUCCUUAGGCUAGAGACCGCAGCAUUAUGGUUAUUUAUUGUUUUCUGGAGCUCCUAGUCAUAUCCAGUGCAUUAUGGGAGUUCUGUUUCUAUGUCACCUAGUGUACAGAAAUAAAAAAUCAAGCAAGAUUGAAAAGGGGGUGCUGUGGUUUCCCCAAAAGCUAGAUUACAAUACUUAUCUCCCAGAAGGCAAAUGGUUCUAGCCUAAGAUAACCAGAACACGUGCAAAGAAAACUGUCAAUGAUGUAUCUUCAGAAUUGAGUCUCCAUGUGGACAAAACAAACUUUUUAACAAAUGCCCUGUUUUUAAAACUGUGGUUGGAAAAAAUGUUUAUGGCCAAAGUUUAUUUUAGGGGCAGGUUAUUUAUUUCAUAUUUCAAUUUGUGUAUAUUUCUACAAAAAAAAAGAGAAAGAUGUUGUUUUCUUUUUCAGCCCCUGCAGGAGUUCUCCUUGUCCACCUUGUCCACUAUUUGUGUGUAUUUACCAGUGUCUUUAUCAGUCUGGUUCUGCCGGACUGCCACUUCUUGUUUCUGUACCAGGAAAGGCAUUGCUUACACUGCAUCUCCCACUCUGUAAGUCAAUAAGUAUCCUGUGCCAACACUGAGGCAUGCCGAACACUUAGAAAAUCACAUCUGGUAAAAAGUGAAAGCAGAGGUUUAUAGACAAAACUGUUGGUGAUCUUUGUCAAAUUGUGGUGUUUACUUGUAUUUUCAUCACUAUUAUAAUUUCAAACCUUUAAACCAUUGAGGGUAAACAAUAAAGACAAUGAUUAUGAGUAAAUCUGCAGACCUCAUAAUACUGAACUAGUCAAGUUAGGAUUUUUCAGCUUUCUUUGUUUCAGAUUUAAAGUUUUGUGACAUUGUCUGUUAAUCAAUAAAAUAAUAUGCAUGGACA